AUGGACGGGCGGCUUCAGCCACCCCCCACCGACGAACACCAUGCAGCAACACCUUUGCCCCUCCCUCCCGGCCGCGAUCACCACACUUACAUCGUCCAAGUCCCGAAGGACCAAGUCUAUCGCGUUCCUCCGCCAGAAAACGCCGUCUUCGCCGAACAACGCCGCAACCCUAUCAACCGGAAGAACACCAACACCUGCUAUCGCUCGUCCUGGUUCUUGAUCUCUCUAGCCAUUCUUCUCGUCCUUGCACUCAUCAUAAUCGCCUUGUAUUUCAUCUUCAAGCCCAAGCUUCCUGAGUUUUCUGUCACCAAAUUCGAGGUUAAGAGGCCUCCGACGUCAUCGUCGUCCAAGAAGAAUGCGCAUUGGGUUCCUAAUUAUCUAGUUUCCAUGAGGGCCAAGAACCCUAAUGGAAGAUCUGGGCUUAGUUACGCCAAGGAUGGGGAUGUUUCCAUGUAUUACGACAGCAUCGUGGUGGCCACCGGCGAGUUUCCGGGAUUGGAUCAGGACCCAAACGCUUCCUCUCAGGUGAAGAUUGAGCUGUCGGGAUCAAAAGGUAGGCCGUUAAAUGCAGACAUGCGAAGGAGCAUGAACUCGACGAGCAAGAGCCCCGUAGCGAUUUCUUUUGAGUUGGAGAUGAAACUUGAGGUGAAGGGAAAGAUUGGGGGGAUGAAGAUUUAUGGGAUGAAUCCCACUGUUAAAUGCAAGAUCAAGUUGAGUUCCUUGAGGGACGACGCUCGUGUGCUUUCACAAGAAUGCAACUAA